CAAUUAAUUUAUUUAAAUUUGUUUUUUUUGUUUCAAGGUUUGUUUAUUAUAUCCCUUGUCUGCUCUUGGUCUAUGGUUAAUAGAUUUUUCUUGGUAUAAUAGUUGUUAGUGAUAGUGUUUUUAUACCAAAAUGACCGAGGACAAAAAAUCUUUACUACAAGAAUAUAAAUUAGAACCUGACAACGAGCUACGAUUUGAAGUGGAAGCCAAAGCCGAAAAAGUAUACCUUACUUUAAAGAAUGGCCUAGCAGAAAUAUUCGGUACUGAAAUAGUCAAAGGAAAAACCUACGAAUUUACUGCAGGCGCUAAAGUAGCAGUAUAUACUUGGCAAGGGUGUACCAUUGAAGUUAAAGGCAAAACAGAUGUUAUAUAUACAGCAAAGGAAACGCCUAUGGUUUUAUAUUCAAAUUGCCAUGCAGCACUAGAGAUAAUGCGUUCAGAGAGUGAGAAAGAAAAUAAAAGGGGACCCAUUACGAUGAUAAUGGGGCCAACAGACGUUGGCAAAUCAACACUAUGUAAAAUAUUGUUGAACUAUGCAAUUAGAAUGGGUAGGAGGCCAAUAUAUGUUGAUAUAGAUGUUGGUCAAAGUACAAUAUCAAUUCCUGGUACUUUAGGUGCUUUAGUAGUAGAAAGGCCAUCUUCAAUUGAUGAAGGUUUUUCACAAGAGGCCCCUUUAGUCUUCAAUUUUGGUCAUAAAAGUCCUGAACAUAAUUCCAAACUAUACAAAAUGAUAAUAGAUCAACUUGCAGUGAUAGUUAAAGAGAGAUUAGAAGUUAAUAAAAAAACUAGGCAUUCAGGAGUUAUAAUCAAUACAUGUGGGUGGGUCAAAGGGGAAGGAUAUAAACAAUUAUUACACACAGGAAAAUCAUUUGAGGUUGAUGUUAUUUUGGUGUUGGAUCAAGAGAGACUUUACAAUGAACUAGUUAGGGAUAUGCCUAACUAUGUUAAAAUUGUAUUUUUGCAAAAGAGUGGUGGAGUUGUAGAACGAUCACAACAUGCCCGAUCAGAGAUCAGAGAUCAAAGAAUAAGAGAAUAUUUUUAUGGGACUACUAAAAAACAACUAUACCCACAUUCUUUUGAUGUGAAAUGGUCUGAAAUUAAAUUGUUUAAAAUUGGGGCACCUCCGUUACCAGACUCUUGUUUACCGCAUGGUAUGAAGCCAGAGGACCAUCUUACAAAACUGGUAGCCCUAACACCUAAUCCAGGAAUUUUACAUCAUAUUUUAGCUGUAAGUUUUGCAGAAAAGGAAGAUGACAAUGUUAUAUUGUCGCAUGUAGCUGGUUUUGUCUGUGUGUCAAGUAUAGAUACAGAAAGGCAAACUCUGACUUUGCUAUCACCACAACCUAAACCAUUGCCCAAUAAUAUUUUAGUUUUGUCUGAAAUACAAUUCAUGGACAGCCAUUAACCAUACUGUAAAAUACAUUUAAAAAAAUAAUGUAGUAAAAUGUUAAUUAUUUUAAUAAAUAUUUUUAUAAUAUAUGUACAACUAAAU